GCGUAGACAGCAGUGCUCAGGGUUCUGGCACAUUCCUGACAGGCUGUGGGUUCCGAUCCCACACGAGGGCCUUCUGUAGUCUAGUAAAACUACCCAGCUCUGUAAAUGGCCUUUGACGUCUUGCCUGGGAAAAUAACGUUCGCUUUGUCCGCUUCCGGAACCUAAAUUCACGCGAGUGUUUCCGGCGGGUGUCGAAUAAGGACGGACCGGGCGUCUCUACUGGUUUUGCUCGGGUGUCGCUCUGUGGGAGAAAUUAGAGUCACCCUCUCCUCCCUCGCGGUCCUGAUCCGUGUUCGCUGUGGUCUGCGCGGAUACCGACCGCCAUGUCGGAGUCGGGACACAGCCAGCCCGGGAUGUACGGGCCGGGGCGCAGGAGGAGGCGCCGACGGGACCGGGAGCCCGGGAUGCCGGGUCAGAACCUGUCCGGGCCGGGGCGUGAGAGAGAGUAUAUGCCCCGAGAGCGAAGGGACGAGAGCGAGGAGCCCCCAGGCCUGGUGCUGCAGAAGACCCCCAUUAUCCUGGCCAAGCCCCCCGGGGAGAGGCUCCAGUCCAAGCCCAGCCAGAGCUCCGCCGCGGCCAGCGGCCCCCCCCUGGAGAAGCCCAUCGUCCUGAUCAAGGCCCGGGAGGAGGGGAAGGCGGGGCCGCCCCCUGACGGCGCCAGCGCCGUCGCCCCCCCGGCCGCGGGCUCCGGGCCCAAGGCGGAGAAGGAGGGCCAGCGCCCCACGCAGCCGGUCUACCAGAUCCAGAACCGGGGCAUGGGCUCGGCCGCGCCCAGCAGCUCUGUGGACCCCGUGAUUGGCCAGGCGAAGCUCCUCCCCCCGGAGAAGAUGAAGCACAGCCUGAAGCUGGUGGACGACCAGAUGAACUGGUGUGACAGCGCCAUGGAGUACCUGCGGGACCAGACGGACAUGCUGGUGGUGGGCGUCAUCGGGCUGCAGGGCACGGGCAAGUCCACCGUGAUGUCGCUGCUGUCCGCCAGCGCGCCGGAGGAGGACCCCAGGGCCUACGUGUUCCGGGCGCAGAGCCAGGAGAUCAAGGAGCGAGCGGGAAACCAGACCUGCGGCAUCGACUUCUUCAUCACCCAGGAGAGAGUCAUCUUCCUCGACACGCAGCCCAUCCUGAGCCCCUCGGUCCUGGACCACCUCAUCAACAACGACCGCAAGCUGCCCCCCGAGUACAACCUGCCGCACACAUACGUGGAAAUGCAGUCCCUGCAGAUCGCCGCCUUCCUCUACACGGUGUGCCACGUGGUGGUCGUGGUUCAGGACUGGUUCACCGACCUCAGCCUGUACAGGUUCCUCCAGACCGCCGAGAUGCUGAAGCCGUCCACCCCGUCCGCCAGCCACGACUCCAGCGGCCCCCCGGGCUCCGAGGAGGGCAGCGAGUACUACCCCCACCUGGUGUUCUUGCAGAACAAGGCCAAGCGGGACGAGUUCUUCCCCCGGAACCUGAAGAAGAUGCACAUGGUGAUCGACAGGCUGAUGAUGCACUCUCACCUGAAGUUCAAAGGCACCCUGUCCAUGCUGGACUGCAAUAUCUUCCCUGGCCUGGAGAGACCGUACCUGGACACGGAGGUCAACCUCUUCCUGCUGCCCGUGCUGGACAGCGAGGGGGAGGACGCGCUGACGAGGGCGGGCUCCGGCACUGCGCCCCUGUUCUCCCUGCUGCCGGGGUACAGGGGGCACCCCAGCUUCUCCUCGCUGGUCGCCAAGCUGCGGAGCCAGGUCCUGGCCAUGCCGCGAUGCCAGCUGUCCCACACCAUCCUCACGGAGAAGAACUGGUUCCACUACGCCGCUCGGAUCUGGGAUGGGGUGAAGAAGUCCUCCGCGCUCUCGGAGUACAGUCGGCUGCUGUCCUAGACUUCCUCGCCCCCGACGACUGGUGUCCCGGCAACGGAGGCGGUCACCGUGGAAACGGGCUCCAUUUGUCUUUUGGAGGCUGAUGGGUGGGAA